AUGUCUCAGCGCACCUUCUGUUGUUGCCUGCCCACAAGGCUCGCCGUGCUACUCCUUUCGCCGGUGACACUAGUCGCUUCCGCCUUUUUGGCGGCGGUGGAGUGGUACUUCUUGCAUCAAAUCGCCAAGGACCCUGACAGCCCCCUGAAUGUCAAGAUCGCAACUGGUCUGCUGGGUGGUAUCAUGAGCCUCCUGGCGCUAGCUUCUUUCUUUGGUCUCAUAGGCUCGAUCGCAGCAAAGCACGGCGGUGAGUUAAUGUCGGGCAUGUGCCAGUCCUUGUAGGCCAGAGCGGCAUCACUCAUACAUCUUACCUCGUCUCCGUCGCAUGUAGCGGUCGCUUUCUACUCAGGCACUCUAUGGUUCUGCUGGUCGUUCGCGACUGUCAUCGGCAUCUUCAACCUCGUCAUCACCUACAUCCAUGGCAAGGACAGCUUCGUGAAGCAGUGCACCGAUCCUGCUACAGGGAUUACAGACGCUGGCCUCAGCGCUGACGAUGUCAGAAAGGUGUGCCAAGGCACCUUCAAUGUGGUCUACGGCAUUGCGUGAGUCUCCUUUACCGGUGUGAUGAUCAGCGUACGAUUGCUGACGGCUCAUGGACCAUUGCUCUUCCAAAGAUGCGGAGUAUUCGCCGUUGUCGUCCUCAUUACCCUCUAUCUUGCCGUCAUCGUUGGUCGGUACAGGCAACAGCUCGCAGAGCGCAAAGAGUUCAAAUACUUGCACAACCGCAACGCCUCUCACUCCAGUGUGCCGUUGACAGCCGAGGCUGGCUACGGUGGAGGCCCCUACAAUCCUCCGAUGCAGGCUCCGUACGCAUAUGGCAAGUACUAG